AUGGAAAUAUUCACAAAAAGGAAGCCAACAGAUGAGAUGUUUGUUGGGGAAAUUAGUUUAAAGCAAUGGAUUGCAAAUUCACUAUUAUCAUAUGCAAUGAUAGAUGAAGUUGUGGAUGCCAAUUUACUUAGGACAGAGGAAGAUGAUGAUGAUUUUGUGAGCAAGAGGGAUUGUUUAUCAUCCAUUAUGAGAUUAGCCCUAAAAUGUUAUGCAGAAUCACCAGAAGAGAAGAGAAGUAUUCAAGAUGCUGUAGCCACACUCAACAAAAUCAAGAUCAAGUUUUUGAAGGGUGCAGGAGAUGUCAAGUGUUAG